AUGUCUCACGAAUUCCCCAAGGUCCAGGGCGGAGGUUCCCUGAUCGUCGCAUGGCAAGUCAAGGAUAAGCAUGUUCUCGUUGUCGGAGGCGGCGAGGUCGCAGCAGGCCGGAUACUGCACGCCCUCAAUGCCGAUUCCAGAGUCACCGUCGUAUGUCCCAAGACCGGAUUGAACGACGAAGUCGCCUUCCGCGUUGCGCAGAACCAAGUUUCGCAUAUAGAUCGCAACUUUGAGCCUUGCGACCUGGAUGGUGCUGAUAUGGUGCUGUGUGCCAUCGACGACCCGGAGGCCUCAUCUCAGGUGUGGAAGCUGUGCAAAGAGCGCCGGAUACCAGCGAACAUAGCAGAUGUCCCUCCAGAGUGCGAUUUCUUUUUUGGGAGUGUGCACCGUGACGGACCAUUGCAGAUCAUGGUCAGCACGAACGGGAAUGGGCCCAAACUAGCCAGCAUUAUAAGGAAGAAAAUCGCCAACACCUUGCCAUCAAAUACAGGCGCUGCCAUUGAAAAUGUUGGCCGACUACGAAAGAAGCUAAGGGAAGUCGCGCCUGAUGCGAACGAAGGUCCGAAACGGAUGAAAUGGAUGUCGGGUGUGUGCGAGUCGUGGACUUUGGAAGAGCUUGUCGAGAUGUCAGAGAGGGAUAUGGAUGGCCUUUUGAAAUUCUAUUCAACCACCAAAGUGCCGAACCUCCGAGAAGUUCGCGAAGACUCCCACUAA